AAUUGGCUGGUACAUAGGAACUUUCCACUGACCCCCCAUUAUUUGGCUAAAAAUUAUCCAGAUGUCAAUUGGACAGGAUUGAAAAUCCCACUGGUUGAGAAGGCCUUUGACAUUGAUUUGGUCUUCAUCUAACAAAUCAAACACUCAAGUGCACAUUUAUAUGUUGAAAAUAGCCUGUACCUUCAGUGACAGGCAGUUCUAUUAUACUCUGUAGAGAGAAGCAUGGGUGGAGAAAAUGUGUCUGCUUUUUCCUUGUAGAGUAAGGUAUAAGGAAUCAAAUAUGUAAUAUAUAAUAGGCAGGUUUUUCCAUUUGGCUACCUUGUUAUGGACAUUUGCCCUACUUUCUUGUACCCAGUCACCCUUAAUGUCUUUAGUGUGGGCUUAAUCUCUUCUGGUGAAUAUACUGUUCUGUUUUCACUGUUCUGAUGUUCUGACCAAUCACAGCUCUGGAAACUAGACCAUGUGACCAGGGCCAAUAAAAACCGUUGGGAUAGGAGUUGGAGUCACUCUAACGGUUUUCCCCGGUGGAGAUUGAUGAGAGUGUGAGCACUUGAGAUUUCAGAGCGACAGGAGCGAUUUUAUUACUAUUGGAGAGCGACUUUUUCAUUUUAGGACACAACUGGAGAAAGAAGAAAUGGCGAGAAGAAAACAGCGCACAACAAAAGACCCUGUGCCUCCUCAGGUUCCCAAACCUGAGAAGAGAAAGCGCACAAGAAAGGAGAGUGAAGAAAACGACGAUGGACCUUCCACCAGCAAGCAGCCUGCAAGAACUUUCAUGGAUGGAGAGAAGUUCUACCAGCUGCUGGAGCAUAAAUUGAUCAGAGAUUCCCUGGACAUGGACCCCUGUCUGAAGCUUACUGACAAGUACCUCCUUGCCAUGGUCCGGGUGUAUUUCCAGCGAGCCAGAAUUAAAGAGGAGGAGUACAUCGCAGGGUACUUUUUUGGAGCCCUGUAA